AUGGAUACGUCACUUUCUACUAGCCAAGAUGAUUUUUCAGGUCCAGACUCUCUCAAAUUAUACUUUUCAAAGUUUGGAGAUAUCGAAGAAUCAACAGUAAUGAUGGACAACAGAACAGGUCGAUCAAGGGGUUUUGGCUACGUCAAGUUUAAGAAUGAUGAGUCUGUAGACUGGGUAUUAAAACAGAAACCUCAUUUAAUCGACCUUAAAGAAGUUGAUCCUAAGAGAUGUAAUGUUAAUAUGAAGGGAAAAAAUCGUCGUAGCCUUAAGGUAUUCGUUGGUGGCAUCGCUUUUGAUCAUGAUGAGAAUAUAAUCAGAGACUUCUUCUCCAGUUACGGAAGGGUUACUGACGUUAACUUACUGGCAGGCCAAACUAAGCAGCGGCAUAGAGGUUUUGCAUUUGUUGGUUUCGACGAUGAAGAGGUGGUUAGGAAUCUUAUCCGACUACACUAUUUAAACUUAAAUGGAAAACAGGUGGAAAUAAAAGCCAUGAAACCUCCAAAUGCUCAAAAAGCCGAAUACCAGACCUCCCCAAAUGCAAUAACAUCUGUUCAGGGUAGUGGACGACCUGUUCGUGGUGGUCAGAAGAAGCAAUACGGUCCUCCUCAGUCGAAUGGUUCAUGUGCAACUUGGAGUCAGUGGCCUGGCAACUGGGGUUCUCAUGGACAACUCCAGCCGUGGCCUCCAUUGGCCUGGACUAAUGCAAGUGCUAAUGCUCCACAUAAUGGUCAGACCGCAGUCGGUCCUGGGCCUCCUAUGCCUAAUAUUGGUACUGCUCUGGGAAGUUGGCCAGACCAUACCAUCAAUUCUACAAACGGAUGGAUGCCUACAGCUUGGGGUCAUCAAAUUGCUGCGCCUACAACAGCAAAUCGAAGUACGCUUUUAACUGCAUUCUAUUAACAUUUUGGUUAUUCUAGGUGUUUUGAAAUUAUUAUCAAAGUCAUAAUCACAUGCUGGGAACUUUAAGUUUCGUUAUAGUUGCGUAUUCAGUUUAAUCUCUUUAAUCUUGUUAACUUCAAGAUAUUAUUGAGAUUUAGGUUUUUAUGUUGGAGAGUAGAUUACUUGCAGGACAUAUAGUUGCAAACCAUUGGUUUGGAAAUUCUUCUACCAGUUUUUAGGUCAUGAGUUUAUACUUAUUUUCACUGGGUGAAUGGGUAGUAUCGUAAACCCAUAUACAUCUGUAUCUCACAGUCUAGUGCCUAAACUUAUAACAGGUUAUUGAGCUAUAUUGUUAUUCGAUACGUGCAUUCUUUGAAUGACACCAAGUGUACUUCCAGUCACUUAUUCGUUUUGCUUUCGGUUGAGCUAUAACUGUUUCAACAAUAUCUUAGCCCCUCUUCGUUAGUCUAUUGAAUAAAUCAACUUGUAUGUGCCGUAAGAAUGAAUAAUGCACUAGCAGCUAGAAGUUGGCGUAAUUGUUUCUAUCUUUUUAUACUCGUCUUCGUUUUACUUCCUGCCAAUACUCUGUAUAUAGCAGUGUUGAAAAGUAAUGCACUUUUCUACCAUAAUUUGUAUUUGGUUUUGAGACAUAUUCUCUCCAUAGGUUUAUACAGUUUGUUUUUGUUCAUUGAGAAUAAAGUAACCAUCGUCCCUAG